ACGUCCCAGCAUGCAUUGCGCCGCACUCUCAGCUGAGUGUAUACGCCAAAUAUAUCUUGAUAUGUGUGUUUCCUCCUCGAAUUGACGGAUUAUUAACAGAGUAGCAUCAUUGCAAUUGACUGUAGUCGAGAUAUGUGUAGUUGAUUGUUUGUUUCUAGGAACUUUCCGGUGCGUGGAGCCAUAUUCUGAGGGAUAUACCGCUCGAGACAGGGAGGAAACCGUGUUCUCAUGCUGAUUGAGAGUCCAAAAUGGCGACCACAUCGUCAGUAAAUGUCAGUUUGGACGACAUAGAUCUUACCAGUUUACGGGAACCUGCGGGGAUAUUUGAUUUGAUUGAAGUGGUUGGAAACGGUACUUAUGGCCAAGUUUACAAGGGUCGCCACACAAAAACUGGACAGCUGGCAGCCAUUAAGGUUAUGAAUGUGACCGAGGAGGAGGAAGAAGAGAUCAAACUGGAAAUCAAUGUGCUCAAAAAAUAUUCCCAUCACCGGAAUAUUGCAACUUACUAUGGUGCUUUUAUCAAGAAGGGGCCUCCAGGGAAAGAUGACCAGCUGUGGCUUGUCAUGGAAUUCUGUGGUGCUGGCUCAGUGACAGAUUUAGUCAAAGCAACAAAGGGCAACUGUCUGAAGGAAGAAUGGAUUGCCUACAUUGCCAGGGAGAUUCUGCGGGGCCUAGCCCACCUCCAUCAAAACAGAGUCAUCCACAGGGAUAUCAAAGGCCAAAAUGUUUUAUUAACAGACAACGCAGAAGUCAAAUUAGUUGACUUUGGUGUUAGUGCUCAGCUAGACAAGACAAUAGGGAGGAGAAACACGUUCAUAGGAACUCCUUACUGGAUGGCGCCAGAAGUUAUAGCUUGUGAUGAAAACCCAGAUGCUACCUAUGAUAAUAGGAGUGAUCUGUGGUCUUUAGGCAUCACAGCAAUAGAAAUGGCUGAAGGAAAGCCACCACUCUGUGAUAUGCAUCCUAUGAGAGCUCUGUUUCUUAUACCCAGAAAUCCACCGCCUAGGCUCAAAAACCCUACAAAAUGGUCCAGCAAAUUUCACAACUUUGUAGAAUCGUGCUUGAUCAAGGACUACACCCAGCGACCUAACACGGAACAGCUUUUGAAGCAUCCGUUCAUCCGUGAUCAGCCGACAGAGAGGCAGGUCCGCAUACAGCUCAAAGAUCACAUAGACAGGCAUAAAAAGAACAAGAAGGGUGAUGACCACGACACAGAGUAUGAGUAUGAAGGUAGUGACAAUGAUGAAGAUGAGGACAACACAAUGCCUGGAGAGCCAAGCUCAAUCCUCCAAAUCCCGGGCGAGUCCACCCUAAAACGUAACUUCCAGCAGAUCCAAGAGAGGGAGGCUCGGGGCAAUCAGCAGUCGCGCCAUGCCCACGCCCACCACCACCAACAGCAGCAACAGCAGCAGCAGCGUCAACAUGACCGCCGCAGCCAACAUGGACAGCGUCCACACUCUGGCCACGGACAGCGUGUUCCAUCUAGUCAGUACAUCCCACCCUCACAGCCCCACGGCGGACAUGAACCACCGAAACAGUUCCCUUUCCAGUCCAGGCCAAUCGUUAUGCCAGACCCUAAGAAUCCAAGCUCCAGCGCUGGGCAAGCUAUGCAACUCGACCAUCCUAUCAGCCGUCCCUCCGGCAUGUUUGGUGGACCUGUCAAUAAACCAGAGAAUGACCAAGAGGACCUGGAGAGACUGGCUGCACAUCUCAGUAAAAUGGGUGCUGAGGAACGUCAGGCCCGAACUGUCAUCGUUGAGGAUGAUGCCAGUGAUGAGGACGAGGAUGAUGAAGAUGACGACAUCAAUCGUGAUGGCACCUUGCCUGCCUCAGAACCUGCCAGACCUCUAAUGCAUUCAAGUCUAGUCAGCAGCUACUCGGUUCCACCCGGUGGCUUCUCAGUGGACACAGGAGAGACCCAGUCUUCCAUGGUUAUACAUGAAGACAUGCCACCACCCCGCGUGCCAAACAUUGACUCGGGACACAAUCUGAGCAAAGUCAACGAGGAUGAUGGAGAGAACACCCUGGUCGCCAGACGGAUUCUAUUUCAGGUGACGUCUGACAAGAACAAAUCAGAGCCUGCUUUCGAUGGAGACAAGUACCGCCGCGAUGGGCAGCGCAGCAGCGCCAAACCACCCCAUGCACAGCAGCAUAUUCACAGAACAGCUUCCAACUCAUCAGCUCCUGGUGCCCUCGGGAUGCAGUCACCGCGGCACAGUCAGAAUGUUUUACCCGAUCUCCUUCCCCCACGCACACCCCCACAGCCAAGGUCCCCUCCCACCCCACAGCGACCCCAAGACAAGUCAACAUCUGACGAGUAUCGGCAGGCGGUGAGUAAACAGGCCGGUGGCAUGAAACACCAGCGCUCCUUCUCCGCCUUCGGGUUUGGAGCUGGUGGCUCAACUGUCGGUUCUGUCUCCUCACAGCAGAGUCGAAGAGGGUCUCAGAUCAACGUGAACGUCACACCAUCCCAGACUACCGAGGCCACAGGGGACACCCCAGAGAUCCGGAAGUACAAGAAGAGGUUCGGCUCGGACAUCUUGUGUGCUGCAUUAUGGGGAGUCAAUCUGUUGAUUGGAACAGAAAAUGGCUUGAUGCUGCUGGACAGAAGUGGACAAGGAAAAGUGUACACAUUGAUAUCCCGGCGCCGGUUCCAGCAAAUGGAGGUCCUUGAGGGACAGAACAUUUUGGUGACCAUCUCCGGGAAGAAAAACAAGAUCCGUGUCUAUUAUUUAUCCUGGCUCAAGAGCAAGAUCUUCAAGACAGAGGGGAGUGACAAGAAGAAUGGCUGGGUGAAUGUUGGUGAAUUAGAAGGAUGUGUGCAUUUCAAAAUUGUAAAAUAUGAGAGAAUAAAGUUUCUUGUGAUAGCAUUGCAAGAUAGUAUAGAGAUCUAUGCAUGGGCACCCAAGCCCUACCACAAGUUUAUGGCCUUCAAGUCUUUCCCCGAGCUGGCUUACAAACCUCUGCUGGUAGAUCUGACUGUUGAAGAAGGCUUGAGGUUAAAGGUUAUCUACGGCUCCAAUCAGGGCUUCCAUGCCAUUGACCUUGACACCUCACAGAACUUUGACCUGUACAUUCCGUCACAUCUCCGUGUUAACAACGACGUAACGCCUCAUGGCGGUAGCGUCACAUUUUACAUUAAUCAGACUCAAGGUCCAAUCACGCCUCACACAAUUGUCAUUCUCCCCAACACCAAUGGUUUACAGCUGCUUCUUUGCUAUGACAAUGAGGGAGUCUACGUGGACACAAAUGGGAAGAUUACCAAGAACGUGGUGCUACAGUGGGGGGAGCUACCAACCUCUGUUGCAUACAUCAGCACAGGUCAAAUAAUGGGCUGGGGGAACAAAGCCAUAGAGAUCCGUUCAGCUGAAACUGGACAUCUGGAUGGAGUUUUCAUGCAUAAGAAAGCUCAGAAACUCAAAUUCCUCUGUGAAAGAAAUGAUAAGGUGUUUUUCUCUUCCGUUCGGUCAGGAUCAUCUUGUCAGAUCUACUUCAUGACCUUGAGCAAGCCUGGCCUUGCAAACUGGUGAUGUGAACAAACCCAAUAGCAACAGGUGCUGUCCUUAGCAAAGAUAGAGGUGCCCAAAGACAGCUGCACAAGAAUACUCAGCCAAGUCACUCAGUGGCAUCUGUUGCAGCUCAAGUCCUUUCAGAUGUUGUAAAAGAUAACCCUUUGGUAAUGACCUAGUCUCUGGCAAUAAAUGUCAUGGAAUUAAUACAUAGAUGGUAUGGAGGUAAAUUUAACUAUUCAUCAAGGACAAGUUGUGACAGUUACCAUGAAUAACAGGAAUCUUGAGCUAAAUAUUUUAGAUGAGUGGUCUAUUAGCCAUGGAGAAAACUUAAAGGAAAGUGUUAAACUGAAAUAAAUUCUUUGUAAGACUUUUUUUUGGAAAAUUGUUACUGUUAAAAUUAUCAUGGGAUUAACUGAAAAGCAUGAAAGUGCUUUUUUAAUUCAGCAAUCAACCAAUAUCUGCGAUAGGAAUGUCCUUUUUGUAACUUUUGCUUUCUUUCCAUUCUUUGAGGUUUACUGGACUUGAUAUAUCUUAACACAAUAUUGUUAAAGAAGCAAUUCUCCUCUUUGUCUUGUGUAUUCAGCAAUAGGCAAUGUACAGAUAGUUCCCUCUUUUUACCCCCUUUCCGUGUUUACUUAUGCAUUCAUCAGUUAACAGUUAACAGUGUCACCAUCUGGAAGUAGAGGGUACUGGCAUCCAUUCCAGUUGUGCUAUGGGCUUGUUCCACUAUGAAUAAUGUAUAACAUUAUCUGUGUAAUACCUUGCAAUCUUAUACGAAGUGUAUACGUACGAUCUUGCUUUUGGUACAACAAUACUGGUGCUUUCAGUCCAUAAGUCUGUAUUUUAGUUCAUACUUUUAGUUUCUAGUCAUAAUGAGCUAAAGAGUAACAUUCAUCUUAUUGUAGUUAGAAUCAGUCCUUUGUGGGCUUUGUACACUUGACAUUAUCCAUUAAACUACUUCAAAAUAUUUUAUUGUAAAAUAAUGAAAUCAUGAAUAUCACAGCUAUCACACUUUUGUACAAAUGUAUUAUUAACUAAAUAAGUUAUUCUUACAUUGGAUGCAUAUGUUCUGAGUAAUGAAAACUAAGAGAGGAAUGAAAACUGAAUAAGCUAGUCUAGGGGAUCUGAAGAUGGACUUGCGUUAAUAGGCAAGCCUAAGCAUAUUCUUACUGUUCCCACUACUCUGUGAAGAGAAGUCCAUCUUUGAUACAACUGACUGUUUAUUUUUGUAAAUAUUAUUCCUUUUAUUUGUAAUAGAUCUCAAUCUGCUAAUUAAGGAAUGCUCUUUUCCCCAGUAUUUGAGCUGUUUUAUGUCUUAAUUUCUUGGGUUAUCUUCCUGAAAACUUUGUAAAAACUGUGCCAUAUAUUCGCUUCUGAAAAUGUUGUAAUAUAGUUUCACACACAACUAAUCUGCUUACAUUGAUACUGAAGGGAAAGAGUUAAGGGUAAUAUGUUCUUGAAAGAAGGUUGAGAAAAAGGUUGUUCUCAUAUUUGAGGAAGUGUAUGGACAGUGUUAUGUUGAUAUGUCCUCAAUGCAAAAAUAGUUUAAUCCUUUGUUUUUAUUUAUCUUAUCAGUUUAAAGUUAGAUGUCCAAGGAAUAGGAUCAUGACAUUAUCGUGUAGCAUGGAGAAUAUGUAGCCCACUGAUGAUCUUGUAAGUUGCUUCCCUGAGUGCAUGGGUGAAUCAUCAAUUAAUACUUCCACUUGCUUUCUGCUGCUAAGUGUCAAAGAUCACAACAUCUAGCUCACCAUUUUAUACUCCAUGUAUAUAUUCAUAAUACUUAGACAUGUAUUUGCUUGUCUUUAAAGAAGCACAGACAAUAUCUGUACGAACUGAUACUAUAUUUCAAAUUGUUUUGGUAUUAUUAAUGAUGACUCUAAUGGAAUUUCAUGGAAUUCAAACAUUAAGAACGUUUAAGAGCUGACACCAUACUUUUACAUAAGUGUAAAUAUUGUAAAUAUGAACAUAUGCUUUGUUGAUACAAACUAUAUCAACAAGCCAUCUUUUGUAUUUAUUUUGAGUUAUGUUUCAAAACAUUUUUUGUUUGAAACCAUUACACACACACACACCAAAGAAAUUUACUUGAAGUAGCAAACUUGUUAUCAUAUGGAAAUUUAAGAUCUGAACUUUGGUAAAUAUCUGUUGACAGAUUACCUUUUUGAAAACAGGCUGAGGUGUAAAUUGUACCAGAAAUGUAAACAUUUUGAAUACCAAUCUAAAACUGUUAUCUGUGACAAGCUGCCAUUGGAAACUCUUGUAUAUAACCACGUGCUUUGACAUGUACAUAUGUAAUACUGGAUGGCGCAAGGAGGAGGAGAACUUCAGCCCAUAACAAAAGCAUCUUUCUGUAUUUGUUGCGUUCAUACAUGACUAUAUCAUAUUUUGUAUUUCUACGUCUUGUAUAGAUUUUUGUACGUGUGUUUUGUAUUUAUGAUUCUGUAAAAAGCAAGCUGUUAGUAGGUACAAAGGCUCUAUUGUGAUACUCUAUGGCUUUUAACAAAGAUAUGUGCAAUCUUUUAUUUUCUUUUAAAGAGCUGAAAAUAUCAAGCCCUCUCACCUGUCAUGGAAAAUCAUCAUUUGUAGUCAAAUGUUCUAUUUUCCGGCUAGUGAUGUUUGUUAUUGUCUUCAUGUCAUGAAAAAAGGAUGGCUUAGUUCAAUGUCUUCCAUGUAGUGUUGAAAUAUGUAGCUUUGAAUUUGGAGAUUAUUGGUCCUUUAGUUGUAAGAUGAAUUUUAUCUAAAUUCCUGUAAGACAUUUAUUUGUCUUGAAAUUAUGAGAAGGGACUUUUGAUCGUGUGAAUACAAUAUGAAUCAACUACACCUAUACAUUAGAUGCAGCAUGUGCCAAUACAGGACAUGUACAGACAUUAUGAGACAUGGAGACUGGCCUAAGUUUGCUAUAUUCUUAACCUUGCUGGCCUAGAAAUAAACAGCAUUAUUGUCAAUUUCAGCUGGUGAAUGUACUGCAGCUGAGUAUAAGGUUAUGCAACAAGCACCAAAAGAUGUGUAUUUCACUAGCAGUUGUCUCUCCAACUCAAACUGUGCCUUUAUCAUUUCAUUUCUACAUUUUACCCACAAUUUUCCACUUUAUAGUAUGUGAUGUUCAUUUCAUACUGAAUGUCAUUGACAUGUAUUGGAUGUUCUGUUACAUCACAGGAACUACAAGAGUCUGUGCCUGCCCACUCUUUAAUUGUAGUGGAGUAUUUAAAGUAAUGAGGAUCUAAGUAUCUUUUAUUGACUUAGGGUGGGAGGGAGGUGUUCUGUUACAGCUGAAGUUGGGCUUACUGCAUGAUAUUUAUUUUGGGCUAGCUUUGUAUGAUUUUAUAGAGAUUCACACAGCUUGUCACCCGUGUGUAGAUCAAAAUAAAGCAAAACCAAAUGUAUAAA